GACUUGAUUUUGUAUUCUAUCUUGUAUUCACGACUACGACAGCGAUGCCCAUUAACCAGCCCUCGAACCAGAUCAAACUUACCAAUGUAUCGAUAGUGCGCCUGAAGAAGGGCGGGAAGCGGUUCGAGAUCGCGUGUUACAAGAACAAAGUACAGGAAUGGCGGACGGGAGUGGAGAAGAACCUGGACGACGUCCUCCAGAUCAGCAACGUCUUUACGAACGUGUCGAAAGGCGAGGUCGCCAAGCACGGCGACCUGCAGAAAGCCUUUGGCACGGCGGACCGCGACGAGGUCGUGAAAGAGAUCCUGAAGAAGGGGGAAGUCCAGGUCGGCGACAAGGAGCGCGAGCACGACCUGACCUCGCUGCGGAAGGAGAUCGCGACGCUCGUCGCGGAGAAGGCCGUCGACCCGUCGACGCAGCGGCCGUACCCCGUCGGGAUGAUCGAGAAGGCGAUGGCCGAGGCGGGGUUCAGCGCGAAGCAGCAGAAGACCGCAAAGAGCCAGGUGUCCGAGUGCAUCAAGCUCCUGCAGGACAAGUCGACGCUCCCGAUCCAGCGCGCCCGGAUGCGCGUGCGCGUGGCGAUGCCGGCGGCGGACGGGAGGCGCCUGCGCGAGCGGGUCGUCGACGGCGCGGAGAAGAUCGAGGGCGACGAGAUGGGCGGGGACGAGUGGGAAGUCAUCAUGCUGAUCGACCCCGGCCAGUUCCGCGUGCUCACCGAGCUGCUGCAGAAGGAGUGCAAGGGCCGCGGGCGCAUCGAGACCAUGACGUUUGCCGCCACCGCCGGCAGCUAGAUGCCAUGUCACUUUGUAUCACGCUAGGAAUACAUGUCACGUCCACUCCGUAUUGAACCCGUCCACGUCCCUCAGUAUCAGCGGCAUCAUCACCCGGUCCCAGUUCUCCGUCCAAGUAUCCCACUCCCAGUGCGCGCCCUCCGCGCCCGUG